UUUAAUAGAUUCAACAUGUUUAUUUCUGUAGCAUCACGUGAAUUUUAUAUUUUAGAGCGCAACAGGGCGCAAAGCGGAAACCACGUCACUUUAGUCAGGCUUGUCAUCAAACAUGGCGACCUCCUGCGACGGAGAAAUGAUGCGCUACGCGGAGUACAGGCCGAAAGUGAGCUCCGGCAGCGAGGCGGAGAUCGACAAGCGGGUGGGGGGCGCGCUGAUUGCAGUCGGUCUUGGUGUGGCUGCUGCAGGUUUUGCUGGUCGCUACGCCUUCCAGCUGUGGAAGCCUCUAGGGCAGAUGUUGUCGGAAACAGUCCAGAAGAUGCCCGCACCGGCGUUCUCGUCGUACUACAAAGGAGGCUUCGAGCAAAAGAUGUCCAAACGGGAGGCUAGCCUCGUCCUCGGCAUAAGUCCGGUGAGUACAAAGGCCAAAGUACGCGAGGCACACCGAAGGAUCAUGGUCCUUAACCAUCCCGAUAAAGGUGGUUCACCAUAUCUCGCUGCCAAAAUCAACGAGGCCAAAGACCUUCUGGACAAGGACAUGCAGCGGUGACCACCGCUGAUGAGGGUGUGUUUCCCAUCACGCCUUGCACAGUCCUGACUGACGGGGCAAUCCAGACUUCCUCCUUACCACGCUUUCAUUAUUUACAUGUGCAAAUAUUUAAUAACCCCCCUUGUUAUGUUGCAAGUCAAAUUGACCCAUUCAUCCAUUUUUCUGAACAGCUUAUCUCACUAGGGUCGUGGGUGUGCUGGCGCCUAUCUCAGCUGACUUCGAGCAAGAGGCGGUGUACACCCUGAAUUGGUCGCCAGCCAGUCGCAGGGCACAUAUAGACAAAACAGCCAUACGCGCUCACGUUCACACAUACGGGCAAUUUAGUGUCUUCAAUCCGUCGUCCUUCAACGUGUACAUUUAACAGCAUAGAAACAACAAAACUUGGACGUUUAUGAGUUCAUCUUUCCUUUUUUUUUUUUUCUGUCGAUACUUGAACCAUUUAUUUGACGGGAAAAAAAAGAGAUGGUAACGAAAGUAUUCCUACUACUGUACAUGACACAUUCUUGAAGUCUGCUCCCAAGUUAUUCAUGCAAACAUUCAUGACCACUGUGUGCUUUGACAUUUUUUUAUUAAAAAAAAAAAAGCAUUCAAGUCUCACAGAAAAUUGUAAAAAGUCUUCAUUUUGUAUCGGGUAUUUUUGUUUGUUUCUCCCAAGAAAAACCUGAAGUCUGUUUUGUUUCCUUGAAUGCUUCAUGCUGUGUGGUGUUUUGUCGCCA